CGCGAAACAAAAACAAAAACCGGCAAAGAAAUAGGCCACACCAGUGAUUUGACCUAGUUGUAGUAGGCACUGACAACCACCAAAGCAGACAGGCACACACCGCGCCACUUCUUCUUGGUGUGAAGCAGAGCAUAGCAGAGCACGUUGUCAUCCCUCUUGCUCCCCAAACACACACACACACACAUACACACAUACAUACACACACACACAGGCGCACACGGGACGCGAUGGCUGAAGACGGUGAAGUUGCGAAGCGAGCCAAACUGCUGAAGCCUGCCGAGGGCCAAGGCAUGAAGACGGCGAGCGGGCUGCCUGCCCAGGUUGGCCCAUCCAUCCUGGCCAGCGACCUCUCCAUGCUGGCUGCAGACUCCAAAAAGGCCAUGGAACAAUGGACAGCAGAUUACCUGCAUGUGGACAUUAUGGACGGUCACUUUGUGCCCAACUUGACGAUUGGCCCACCGGUGGUCAAGUGCCUGCGCAAGCACACCACAGCGUUCUUGGACUGCCACUUGAUGGUGUCCAACCCGGAGCACUGGGUGAAGGAUAUGGCCGCUGCUGGCGCCGACCGCUUCACUUUCCACUUUGAGGCCACAAAUGAUGCGGAUGCCCUGAUUGAGGAAGUUAACAAGACCGGCAUGAAGUGCGGAAUGGUGAUCAAGCCAAAGACGCCCGUGGAUGUACUGUUUCCAUAUCUGGACCGCAUUGACCUCGUCCUCAUCAUGACGGUCGAGCCGGGAUUUGGCGGCCAGUCCUUCAUGGUCGACAUGAUGGACAAGGUGAAGACGCUGCGGGCGAAAUCGCCGAAACUGAACAUUGAGGUGGACGGCGGCCUCAACCUCAAGACCAUCGACACCGCCGCAAAGGCUGGUGCGAACAUGAUUGUGGCAGGGAGUGCUGUGUUCAAGGCUGAGGACCCGAAACUCGUGGUGCAGACCCUCCGCGACAAGGUCGUCCAGCACUGCCCCUGACGGUGCUGUGUUCCUCGGGACGCCCAGGCCGCGCUGCUGGCUGGUGGAGUUCGGUCGAUGCUUGGUUCGAUAAUGGAUGGGUGGUGGAUUGUUGAAUGGUUGAGUGGUUGAGUUGAGUGGAUGACGACUUGCCUCUUGAGUGCAAUGCUGUGUCGUGUCGGUUGUUGCGGUUGCUUGCAUGCUGGCUUGUCAUUGCUUUUGUUGUGACUGUGCGUUGUUGCGUUGCUCUGCUUCUCGUUACUUUGGCGUUGUCCUUGCGUUUAAUGAACUCACGUGAAAUGCA